GAAGAAGGAGAGAAGAGAAGAAAUGCUGAUCUGUUAUAUGAAAACACUCGAGAAGAGAUAAGAAAAAAGGAAGAGGAAUGCAGGAAAGAAGUUGAAAUGAAACAACAAGCUGAAGAGUCUGUCAAAACACUGAAUGCAGAAAUGAAUAUAUUAAGAAACUAUUUGUCUGAGCUUGCAGAAAAGUACAACGAGAGUCAGAGGCAGCUAUAUGGAGAGCGGAAUGCCAGACAAUUACAAGGUUGGAUUCUGGCCAAUCAACUUUACACACAAACUGAAACAGAAAUGACUCUGAGGGAAAUGGAAUCUCAGAUUUGUCAGAGUUAUGAAAAAGAACGAUUUCUCAUGUGUACAAAUGACAUGUUGCAUGAAGAAAUAGCCACGCUACAAAUGGAAAUAGCCACAAUAAAAUAUCAGAAUGAGGAAAAAGAAAAUAAGUAUAUCAACCACAUUAAAAUUGUGGAAGAAGUGAAUGAGAACCUUCAAAUGACCAUGAAAAAGAAUGUGGAAAAGUUAACAGACACAGUAUCUCAGUAUAGUGACCAGCUUAAUGCUCUGGCAUGUGAGAAUGCCUUGCUAAAUGCUCAACUACAAAAUGAAAAAGAGAGCAAGGAACAACUGCAAGCAGAACUUGCAUCCUGCAGUUCUAGACUGACUGCUGCAAUACAUGAUCAAUACGUUGAUCAAAUUCUGAUGUCAGGAAGAGACGUCGAAAUGUCUUUCCAGAGAGCAGGACAUGAGUGGUUUUGCUUACGGAAUGAAAUAAAUGUACCUGUGUCUGAUCUCAAAGAAAACCAUGAGACUUUUGGUCAAAACUGUUCUAAGGCUCAAAGUCAAAUCGGUAGCCUGGAAGAUGAGUUCCAUAGCACAAGAAAUGUUCUGAGAGAUAAGACUCUGUCUUUGGAAUGUGUCCAAAGACACCUCUACCAAACAGAAUGUCAAAUGGAAAAGAUCAAUCAAAUGUAUGAAAAUGAACAAUAUCAAGUGAAGAAAUACAUUGGACAACAGGAAUAUCUAGAGGAGAGAAUAUCUGAACUAGAAAGAGGAAAUAUGUUGCUUCGAGAGCAACUGGUGUACGCUCACAGCAGAGCAGAGCAUAAAGAGGAGACACUGAUGAAUAUGCGAGAGCAAUUUCAAGAUACUGUGAAAAACCUUCUAGCUGAGAACGGAAAGCAAACCCAUCUGCUAGAAGAUAGAAUUAAGCAGUUAAUCGGUGAAUGCAAUCAGUUGAAAGAAAGGCUGUAUCAAAAUGAAAAAGGGAAACCAGAAGAAGCACAAGCAGCAUCGGAAGAAUACAGAUGACAGUGGAGAGAGAAUCAUCUGGCUGCAAUAAGCAGUCAGAGGGAAUUCAGAAUGAAUAAUCUUGAAUCCCAAGUCUCCAAUAUGACAACUGCUCCAGAAGAUUUUCAUUGUAUUGAACUGGAAAAAUAUAAACACUUCUAUCAAUUAGAGUUAGAAGACAGAAAA